AUGCCCCCCAGGAGAAGGGAAAAUCGCCCGCCACCCUCGGAAUCCCCGCGCUCGUCGUCGCCCGACAGCGAGCAUUCCCUGGACGAAGCGGAUUCCUCUCCGCUGCCAUUCUACAACACCACCUUCUCAGCCCAUCGAGUGUCACCUCUGUACCUCGGCAGUGAGCCUCUGACAGCAAAUCGACUGCAAACACUUGCGCAGCGACUCCGGGAAAGGCUAAUCGGGGAUGUUGUUCGCGGAGUGGAGGUGGGACUGGGACCCGAUGGAGAGGACCCUGUCAUGGGCCGUGCCGGCGCGCUGGAGAGCGUCGAGAUGAGCUGGGUCAGCAUGGCGGCUGUGCUGGGCAUAUUUCGGAACUUGCAUGCAGCAGGGAGUGACGAAAUGGACGUGGAUGUGGAUGAUGAUGGUGAGGACGCGGCGAGGCUCUGGCGUGCACUGCGCAGGAAAAGGGCGCUGCAUAUCGCGCUCCAGUACGAGAUGGCGUCGUGCACUGCCCUGCUGCUGCCGUCGUUGACGCGAGAAGGGGAAGACAACAACAACAGCCAUGCAAAUGCCGCGUCACAGCAACAGCACACCCGAUUCUCGGUUGGCGCCGACGACAUGGACUGGGAGCGCUCCGUGGACCCGACCCACUUUUUGACGCUGCCGCUUCUGCUCCUUCGCAUGCCGGCGCCGCUCAAGGCCGUCAUCGGCGAUUUUUUGUCGGUCACGUUCGACUGCCGAGUUAGUCCAAUGCGGCUGGGGACCCGGAGUUUAGUCCGCAGUUGGGAGGCUUGGAUCAGGACUGCCGGGCUGCCCUCUCGCGGCCCCCUCGCCAAGGACGCGGUGCUAAGUUUGGGGUUCCAUAUUCCGCCGCCCCAAACCGAUAAGGGUGCGCCAGAGGGCUCAGGGAACGAAGCGGCCGUGUCGAAAGAUCACCAGAUCGGUCUUAAGUCCAUAGACGUCAUCAUCCCGCCCUCGGAGCUGAGCAAGUUUGUCUCGGCCGGGCGACGGCUGGCUGCUACACCGAAACCAGGAGCUUCGGCUGGUUGGGCCUGGGAAGAUGAUCUAGCAGCAAGACGGAGACUGGCCGGCCGGUUGUUCGAAGAGGGCUGGGAGUGGCGAGCAACAGAAGACGGCACGCCCUCCGGAGGGGAUCAGCCCUUUACCGAAGCGUUGGCCUGUUACUUGGACGAGCACCUCGGCCUGAACCUGUUCCACCCUGGCGUCAGGGUUGUCAAAAUCGCUUGUGGGGGUUUUGCCAUGUCCGAAGGGCGGCUCAAGAUUUUCUCGCCGGGAGACCCCAAAACAGCUGCUGCGCUCGGGCAGAGGCGGGCGGUGUUGGAGUUGCUUGAGGGCUUGGUCGAGAAGGCUCAAGUUCAAGUGCCAAUCUUCUAA